AUGUCCUACUAUAGUCACCCGCCAGGCGGUGCCCAGUCCGGCCAUCCUUCCGCUGCUCAUGCGGUUCAUCCGCGAGUCCAUAACCCCCAGUUAUGGCAGACUGCGUUAGAGUCAGAGUGGAUGGCAUUCUUGAAAAUCGCAAAUCCCACAGCGAGCAAGGAGGACAUACUCGAAUACUACGUCCGGCAGCAUGGAGGAGACAUCCAAGCAGCUGGUGAUUCGGUCAUCGCCUUCCUUCAGGCGUGCGGUGCUUUGCGAACCCAUAACCAAGCGCCUGCUCCAGCACUCCCGAACUGCAUCUCAGGCAUUAUAGGACGGCAGCCCAGAAGCCCUGCGGAAUGCUUGUUUUUGAACAUCGAUAACCAGUAUCAGCUAAGGCUUUGGACUGGCGACCUUGGAGAGCUUCAUUCAUUUUCUCUUGGGUUCUGUGACCUCUCCGGGAGGCCCGUCAAUACUCCGAACGGCUACGAGUUAUGGGAGAAAGACCAGCCGAAUAGCGACUUCGAAUAUACGCAGCUGAGAUCCCUGGAAUACGCCUUUGGAUACGAAGAUCCGAACACUUACCGGGCAGGCACUGAGACGUACAUGAUAUCUGAAGGUGCUAGGGUUCAUGUGCGCCGUUUUGGACAUGAGGUUGUUGCUCACGUCAUACCUGCUCGCCCCAAGAACGCUGCAAGGAACUAG